UGAAGCGCCACGGGGGACAGGGAUAACAGAUCAUUCCUCGUUCUUCUCGACUAUCACAGCAGCGAAUACUGGUCCAGCCUGACAACAAGUCUUGGUCUUCUACUUUCACCACAGAUGAUUCCUCAACCGCCGCGAUCCCUGUCCGUCAUGACGUUCGACCGGUCGCGGAGCAGGGAGCCCCCGCCGGUCGCGAAGUCCGUAUCACCGUGCACAACACCUCAUCUCCCUUGGUCCGAACAACGGUGUGACCAGCAAUAGGGACAGCCACAGGUGGCACGCCGCUUCUGCAUCUUCACAAGUGCAUGGACGGAUUGUAUUUAGUACUUACUACGGAGUGGCUGCUAUGCCUAUGUGUACAAAGUUGUCAUGCAACGGAGGGCAAUGAGAACGACCGGAGUUGGUUGCAUUGCACCACCAGUAGGUGGGGGAGAGAGACGAGGAGAGUUGUGCAUUGUCAUAGCCCGAUCCAGAGGACGACAAACUCUACCAGGUUUGGUGCGCAUUGGUUGGACAGGAACAGGUAUCCUGUGCAAAAAAAUUGUCGCGUAAAGAAACUACAGCUCAGUAAAUCAAAAUCGUAAGAAGUUUAUUCUUGUGCAUGUGCCUGCAAAAAGAAAAACAAAAAGUUGCCAUGCCCCUUUCCAGAUACGCGAUGCUUUUGCAAUGGAUGUCAGGAUAGCAAGUACGAUCCGACCGGAAGCAACAAAGUUGCCACCUUGCGGUUUUUGGACUUCAACCGCUUUGAGCAGGUACUCGCGGACAAGUACGAUGCCGGUUAUCCGAAAAAGAAUUGUGUUGGUUGUGCUUGCGCAGAUGAUGUGUAUUCUAUUGCGGAAACAAAGGAUAAAAAGAAACUAAAUUGUUGAGUACAACAACUCCCAGCGGCGCCGGCGCAUCACAGGUUUUCCUUGUCAUACAGAACUAUUUUGUCAACAUGCCCGCCUAGCACAACUAAUGAAACACAGUUUUUCUUGGAUACCGAUACCAGCCGUCAUAAAGGCAGUAGUUCAACCGCCACCGGCAGUAAGGAAACCGCGGCGGCCGGAUCCAGCCCCUUGCCCCCACGCGAGGAACUACAGGGUGAUCAAGGUGCAGAGAAAGAAGUGCACGACGAGGGGGCGACGAACAAGCAAGAUUCAGUUCCACCUCAGUCGUCAAGAAGCAAAGCGGCCGCCCCGCUCGGUUUGUACCCGGAGGAGCGAAGGCGAAUCUGGCAGGCGGUAGCGGGGACCGCCAGAAACAAGGUUUCCUACGCGCAGUUCAAGCAAUCCUUUCACCGCGUGCAGUUUUUGCGCAAUUUGUUGAACAACCUGGCAAGACAGAAGUUGCUAACCAGGUUUGUGAUUCCGGAAGGGUACGACUUUUCCAAGCCCACUGCGGAAAACUACAGUCUACUUUUGCGAGGAGAUGAUGCGAAGGGCGUGACAACUUCAUCUCCCGCUCCACCAGCACAAUUUGUCGGGCUCUCCAAAGAGGAAAAGCUGCGACUGCUCAAUGCGCAGAUCAUGAGUAGUCCGCUCUUCGGCUGCAUCCGCGCCGAUAUGGACUACGAGUACCACAGCUACUACACGAAAACCCGGAUCGAAUGGCAGGACACGCUGAUCAAGCACGUCAUCCUGAAGACGGAGCGGGUGCACCGGCCCUGGCUGAUCUACUCGUGCGGUCCGAUGGGCGCGGGGAAGGGGCACGUGAUGCGGUGGCUCAGCGUGCACAACUACCUGCCGAUGGAGCAAGCGGUGCGCAUCGACCCGGACUUGUUCAAGCUGGUCAUGCCCGAGUUUGACCAGUACCUCUCCAAAGGGUACCAGGAGGCAGCGGGCACCCUGUGCCACCGCGAGUCCGGCGCCAUCCAGGAGAUCUGUCUCGAGGCGGCGCUCCGGAUGAGCCAAAAUAUUUGGGUCGACGGCAGUCUGCGCAACACGGACUGGUACGUCAAGCAGGUCGCUGACAUUCGCGAUCGCUUUUAUCCAAGAAGCAGAAAGUGAAAACCGGUGUCACUUGGCGUGACUCCUUUUCUUGAAAGAGUAGUAUAACACGAAUAAAUGCAUUCAACAUUGCAUUGUGCAUGAUAGAAGAUACGACAAAUCGUCAUGUAUGCCAUAGCCUCUCGUAGUACUAGGCCAUCAACGAAACACUACUGAAAAUGGCCUUCGAUCCAGGCCGAGCAUGAGAAAUGUAGCUGUCUUGCAAUUGUGGUUGGCAUCAACAGCGACGUACACUAGGUUUUUUUUCUUGGAUAGGUUCCCGCAGUACCGCAUUGCCAUCUUCUACGUCCACUGCUCUGUGGAAACGGUGCGGAAGCGGUAGAGAUUCUGUUUGCCGAUUUGAAUUUCGUUUUUUGUCAACUAUUGUAUGAGAAGGCACUUGGUAUGAUCUGCACCCAAACAAAAUCUCAAACUACAUAAGCGGGCUACCUAUGAACUUAGGUCGUACAACGUAAAAAUCAUCGUAAUUGAUGAGUGCGCAUCAAAACCACAACGACACUCGUCCAAGCAACAAGUACGUACAUGUUUAUCAUCAUUAUCAGUGUGAUUGCGCGCAGCGAGGCCACGGGGCGGUGGAUCCCGGACGCCGAUCUAGACGAGAGCAUCUCUGGAAGCAAGCGGUCCGUCGAACGGCUUUCCCCGAUGGUCGAUGUUGUCGCGCAAAUCCGCAACGAAACCACACCAGAACUGGAGGCGUUGCUCCGCGUGGACCGGAGUCAGGACUUCGUGCGGCUCGGCUCGGUGUUCUCCCAGGACCUGGGGAAGAUCCGCGAACGGCAGAGCUACCCGGUCUCGAUGAAGGCCUUGCGGUGCGUCCGCGUGGUGCCCGCGCCGCAGGUUUUUCUCUUGCCCCCGACCGCAGCCUCCUGGGUGGAUCUACUAGAAGACGGGGGUCCGUCCGGUACUAGCGGUGUACUAUUUAUUUCACCACGCGGGGGCACAACGACUGCUGGCGAACAGGAUCGGGACGGCAGUGAAGUCAAUGUAGUUCCGGCAGUCAGCGCAAGAUCCGCCAUCCGGAAAAAAGUCCUCGACGCACAGCGGCAGUUUGCGCGGACUAUUCGUCGGCUGGACCGGAGUGAAAAUUUGGUGGCCUACUUGAACGGCCGGCUAGUGUACGUGUCCCCCGUGACUGUCGAGGCCGACGGUGCACUGACUGCUUUCGUGUGCGCGGCUUACGAAGAGGAUAGUACUAUGGGCACUGCUGCUACUACUUCUAGAGCUAGCCCUUUUGCUCGAACAGAAGUGGAAAAAAUAGUACCCCCCGCAAUGAACGUCGCUGCCCUGCGAUGUGGCGAGCAGGAAAGCAAAUCGCAUGUUGCGAGCGGUCCGCCUGGGCAUCUCGAGCAGAAAACCAACGUUUCUGUCGCAGCGGCAGCUAGACACGACCCUGAAGACGUCGAAAUAGGAAAAAAUGCGGCAGGCGACGACCACACCGACGAGAUGUUCUUGAGCAAGAAUAACGAAGACUCUGGUGCUCCUGCUGCUACCGCACCACAAAAGGAGCAGACGCACGCCGAUACCAACGCGCAGGAGUACAUGAAAGCCGCACUCACGUGCCGCACCUCGCGGCUGGAAGCCUGGUGGGCCGAGAUCAGUGACAUCGCGUUCCCGCCCCCGAAGGAAGAGGACGCCGACGACGCCCGCACGUCCUCCAAAAUGCAGCGCUCGAGCUCGAGCCCGGUCUUUGUGCGGGGCACAAACUCUUCUACUCGUACGGAAGAAAGUCCCGAGCCCGGGCGUGUGGCGGAGAGAGGUACAGCUGGUGCUACUUGGGACGUUCUGGGCCGUGGAACUGGAACACCCCUAUCGUCGGAACAAGUCAUUUUGCAGCCUACUAGAAGCCGCCCGUCCGACAGUGGUGCAGGGGAUCUUCGUUCGGAAAUGUUGCAGCCGCGCGGGCUACAAGUGCAACAGGUAGGUGACACGAAGAUCAACUCAGGAGCAUUAGACGAGACCCCGAGGAACCAGAAAAGCGCCAGCAGCGGGUCGAGCGGGGCUAUCCGCGAGGAGAGCGACAGCGAGCAGGUCGGCGAACUGGAUGGGGUUCUGCGCGGGAAGAAAACUACGGCGGUGCAAGACGAAAAUGAUAUCGAGGCGAUACAGCUGUGGGGUCACGGUCAGGUCGUUGCUAGGUAGGUAAGUACUCAGUAAAGAAAACAUGGACAUUAGCACUUGCGUCGAUCGUCGCGCCCUCCCCGUUCAGGAAAGUUUUGAAAGUGACAAAAUAAAACUGUAUGAUCACUGAGGAGUACAACGAUCUGACCAUGGACUCCAAAAACAUUUUCCACAUCAAUAAAACCACGGCCCCUUUCCCCUACCGGUGUGGGCAAGCAUGCGCUGCGCAGCCUGUCGAGCUGGCGCCACACCGGCUUCGACCUGGCCGCGCGGCGCAUGCACUUGCGCUCGAGCAGUCGGCGGAACCCCUUAUUUCUCUCGAACUUGACCCGCACCCGGACCUUUUCCAGUAGCGGCGUCCCGCGCAGCGGCGCUCCCCGGCCGCCGACUUCCGGUGCGAGUGAUCAACAGAUUUUGUCGAGCCAAGGGUCCUCGCCGGGCCACAAGAUAAAUCGGCGCUCCUCGUCCGAGCAGCCACCUCCGUAUGGCACUACUAGUAAGAACUUCGGUCCUUAUAAUUUAUCCAGCGAUCAGCCGCUAGAAGGACGACCCGCUGCGACCCGCAGCACCGGAGCUUUUCUUCCUGCCCAACAAGACGAGAACAAAGAUCGUCCCACGACUACGCUGCAACAGCAGCGGCAGCAGGAACAGGAGCAACGGGAAAUGCUUUUGUUUUCCGAGACAACUUCUAGUUCUACUUCUGGGUCUGCACCAGCAACAGCAUCCCCACCACGGCUGAAUCUGAAGCGCACCGUGAUCGCCAUGCCGCCUGCACUGGACGAUGGGUGCGCGACAGGCAGUCUGGACAGCGAAGCAACGUCGGGGCGCUCCGAAGAUGCAAUUGGUACUUUUUCAUCUUCCCUGCUAUUCCCAACAAAAGCCGCGUCCUCCCUUGCGCAGGAGUGCCCAGAAGACGUCGAGACAUCAGCAGGGAAUGCAACGCAGGAGCCCGAGAUGAAGAAGACCACGACUUCUCUCACGACCGUGCAACAACCAGUGUACAACGCCUUCUCGAAUGCGGCCAACAGCAACACUAAAUCGUGGUUCCGCACGGCACCGAGCGCAGAAAUUUUUGGGUUCUUGCGCUACGACGGAGCCGGUCUUGCGGGGCUGUCGUCCCGCUCAGCAUCUUCGGAUUUCCUGUUCAAAACCGACACGACGUCGACGACCCGGGAAGACUUACUGCUGAACCUCGAGCACGAAGAACAGGGCGAAAGCGACACCUCCGAUGACCACAGUGAAGCAGAAGUAGAUCAUGACGCGACCACUUAUGAAACGGAAGCACAGACUACAGCAACAGGAGAAGCAACUACAAGCCAAGAUCAAGACAAAGACAGUCCAGCUGUUGAUGCAAAUACGAGGAAGAAAACGGGUGCAACAUCAAAUAACUACGGAAAUAAAAACGUAUUGAAAAAUUACACCCCGGAUAAGACGCUGAAGACAAUACAUGCCGCCGCACGUAUGACCCGCUCAGACGUUACAAUCUCAAACGUUACAAUAGAAUAUGGGAAUCUGUGACGCAAGAGUGCAUGAUCUAGGCAACCCUCAUACGAUUGCGCAUGACAAGUUCCGGAGCCCCAAACCCACCUGCAAUCCGGCAAAAUUUGUAUUGCGAAAAGCUUAAUUCUCUCUGCGUUCCUCAUGCUCUUCAUGCAAUACAAGUUCCAGAUUCUAUUGUAACGUUUUAGAUUGUAACGUUUGAGCAGGCCAUAGCACGGGUCGAGACACGAAAAAACGCUACCGCUUUCUCGAAACGCAAGUGGUUUCCGGAGUUCUACUAUGAAAUGCAAAAAUGUCUAGGCCUACAAACUUGUAAUGCUAGAAGUGAAUGAUAGACGCGCCGCAAUACGCAGGUAUGCAUGACAACUUUUGUGGCUGCCAUGUCUUACGUAUUGCGCAUGGCAAACUGCCUUUUCGCAUGACAGUUAAGAGGGCUCUUUCGUGCCUAUGCAACACAGAUUCUCGAGUCAUGCCAGAUAAGCAUGACAAACUUGCAUUCUUCCAGACCCAGACACUUUUGCAUUUGAUAUCUACGCGUACGAGGCCGUGGCCUCCGAGCCGUUGUCCCGCGCCACCAGCCGUGGUGGUGUCAGCUUGUUGCUGGCGAGCGAGCCCGGCGGGGGACCUGCCUCACCUGCUGGAGGCGGCGCUUUCUACGAUGGCCCGGACGAGGUUUCUACGAUGACCCGGCGAAACUGGAGCACGCGGACGACGGACGCAUACAAUAACGUUGUUGCAGGUGACCAUGUUGAUGGGCAGUUGUUGUACCAGCAUGACGACGAGAAUGAUGGCGACAGAACGGAUACGGCAACCCGCGAGUCCUCGAUCCUGAUCAACAAAGGCGUCAACUGUGCUUUGCCCUACCGCCCGCCAAAGAGGAAAGGCGGAACGCAUGACGGAACCUCCAGGCAGAACGUCCAUGGCGGGGACGCGAUAGCAGAAGAGACCGGCGAGCAGACGACUGCGUCGCGAGUAAGUAGAAGCAGGGGCAUAUCAACGGGAGGUGGAGCAGGGGGCGACCACAGUAGAGGUGCGGUUGUUGGCGAAUCCUCUACGACAGCAGGGAAUUAUGCCAUGAACACUGCGGCGUCAACGUUUCACUUGCCGACCAUCAAGUUCGGCAAUUGGGAAGUGCUGCGGCCGCACUCGGUCCGCGCGCACCGCUUGCUCGUCGACGCCAUCGCGAGUCAUGGCAGAUUUCUGUGCUCGCCCGGGGAUGGAAAUAGUACAACUACUACAGGGGUUUUUGAUACUUCUACAUCGGCCGCCACUGCUGGUCGUGGUCCUGCAGUGCUGCAGCAGAAUCUCGCCGUAGGACGAGAGCAGGGAUGUGAGCGAGAUGGCGACGAGCAGGAUUUCCCGCCACAUUCUUCUACUAGUCGUGUCAGCACGAGCAGCGACGGAUCGUCUGGCGGGGUUCUCAAGUCUGGACGCUUUCAUGUGCAACAGCAACCGAAUAGAGGCAAUGUCUCUACUCUUCCCAAUAGGACCACCACACCAGCACAAAAUGCCGGUGUGUCUACUGCGAAUGCUUCCGCUUGCUCUCCUCGUCGUCCCGAAGGAUCCUCACCUCGGAAAGUCGUUCCCCUGUCGGAGAUUUUUCACAGCACCGCUGACGGAGACCCCCACGAGGACCUCCACCAGCGGGAUAAUUUUUCCUGCGCUUGGGUGCUCCCCGGGGAGCACUUUGGGAUAGACAACGACGGUCAGGCGACCGGAAUGCUGGGCGGCUUUCUCUUUCGCACGGUGAGGUGGCCCGAGGAUGGCAUGAAGCAUGAUAUGUUGGGUGGUGGUGCGAGAUACCAACACGGUGCUGCAGGGAGUGGUGGUCCUAUGACUGAUUAUUAUUUCCUGCCCGUCACGGAGCACUUCCUGGAGAUGCCGUUUUUCUAAUCGUCGGAGCAACCCGAGGCGAGAGGGAACUUUUUCAAAAAAAAUGCGGGUUUGGUCGUAUUUUUUCUCUUUUGUAUGAUGAGAGGUGAUCGUGAUAUUAGAUCGAAACAAAUCUUCAGUGCCCAACGUUUCAAAAUGUUGCUGAAUAAGCCUCUUCUUGUAGUUGCUUCUGCAUGACUUCUCGAAAGAAAU